CACAGCAGGAUGCCACGGGGAGCACUCCGACUCUCGGCGCCCGUUCCACCGCCUCCAGACGUCUCGCGUCGGUCACGGCCACUCUGAUGGGCGUUUUUGCCCCCUUCUUGUCGCCCUCGACGCUUGGACGUUUUCAGAAGCCGCGAAAUGAAGCGAAUGAACGUGAGCAACAAGAAGUGCAUCCUUGCUGUUGUGCCUGUCUCCAGCAUCACUAGUAGAGAUCACCACUCUCUGUGGAUGCGGUGCCUCUGUGCUCUCACUAUUCUGAGUCCUUGUAUUUGAGGAUUUAAUGUAGACUUGGACUACUUGAUUUCUUCUUUUCUUUCUUUCUUUUUUUAUUACUGUUGUCUUUUUCUCGAGGUUUUCCGUCUGUGAAACAAAAAAGAUUUCAAGAUAGGCUACAGAAACUCCGGAAAACCAGCGACCACCUCACUUGGCAUCUGGAAUAACCUUUCUUAGCGGUUAUUCGCCUCCACAAGCAUCUUCUUUCUCUGGGCCACGCUGGAAGUCUCCUCCCAUGUGGCCAUCGGGAGUGGGGAGCAGGCAGACGUGCCCGCGGGACUCGGCGCUGCGCAGGGCGGCCAUCAGCGGCAAUAUCAACGCCCUGCCGCCGCACCAUGUUCCUACCGGGCGCAGCGUCCGGGUCUUCAUCUGCGCCAACCCCGAUGACACAGAAGCAGAGAGGAAUGCACUGAAAGAGCAUGUCUACCCUAAACUGCGAGACUUCUGCAGGGAGAACUAUGGGAUUGAAUUCCAGGUGGUGGACCUGUACUGGGGAGUUGAUCCAGAGGAGUGGGACAAUCCAGACCUGCAGAGACUCCGAAUGAAACUUCUGGAAGAAUGUCUGAAGACAUCAGCCGGGCCAUGCUUUGUUGGUCUGGUGGGGGAAAAGUACGGCAGCAUCCGAGUGCCGGGCGAGGUGGAGUCAGCGGAGUUUGAGAUGAUCCUGGACGCGGCUGUGGAGGCCGGGCUGGACACCCACAUUUUGGAGGAGUGGUACUGCAGGGAUGAAAACUCUGUGCCACCCGCAUACUACCUCAAACCAAAAGCCCAAAUGCUCAAGAACUACCAGAACUCUAUAGAGUCAAGCAGCGCAGCAAAGACCAAGAAUGACAAGGCCUGGAGGAAUGUGUCAGAGGAGAUCAAGAGGAUCUUCCGGACGGCGGUGCUGCAGCUGCAAGAGAAAGGAACCAUGAAGAGCGCAGACGCCAACAAAUUCCUUUGCUCUGCUUUGGAGGAUGAAUUGGACUUUGCCCUUGGGAAACAAACACCCGCCUUCCUCAGGAAAUGCGUCUGCUACAUACGCAAGAUCUCCAACUUCGACCGCUUCGCCAAGCUCCCCGAGAUGGCCCGCUACAUGGACAUCGUGGUGAGCGCCGACCGCAUCAUGCGCAACCAGGAGGCCUACGAGCGGCUCUUGAAAGUGCGCGACGAGUUCAUCCCCACCAUCGUGGCCGCCUCCAACCUCCGCGUCUACUCCUCGGUCACUCACUGCGACAUGAAGCUGGGCUACUCCCAGGAGGUGGAGAGCCACUACGUGGAAGGUCUCUGCAAGCAGUUCUACGAGGACAUGGUGGACAUCAUCCAGGCCACCGUGCAGCAGAACUUUGACACAGAGACCGACCCACUGUAUGAUGAAAUUUUGCAGCACCUGUCCCUGUGUAAGACCUACGCGACCCUCUAUAAGUACAAGUCGGAGACUCUGGAUUACGUGCAGGAGUACCUCAUGCCGUCUAAAGGGAGCAGGAUGAGCCCUCUGGUGGUGUACGGAGGGCCCUGCACCGGAAAGACGCUGCUGCUGUCCGAAGUGGCCAAGCAGGCCUACACAUGGCUUCAAAAAGAGAUGGGUCCAGAAACAGAUCCAGUGGUCAUCGUCCGAUUUAUUGGCUCCAGCCAACUCUCCACUGACCUACGAACUCUUCUCCAGAGCAUCUGUGAGCAGAUUGCAAUAAACUACCGCUGCCUGAUUCACUUCUUGCCUAACAAGAUUCAGGAGAUGAGGGAGCUUCUAAUCAACCUCCUUGGGGAGUCAUCCUUCCACAGGCCCCUGGUCAUUGUCCUGGAUGCCAUGGAGCAACUUUCUGAUGCUGACGAGGCCCGUAAGUUGUGGUGGCUUCCUGUACACCUGCCUCGCACCGUCCGCAUAGUUGUAUCAACACUGCCCAACAAACAUGGUAUUCUGCAGAAGCUGCGUCAUCUCAUUCAUGACGAGAGGUACUAUGUGGAGUUAAUACAACGAGACCGAAAGGUCUGCAGCCAAAUGUUAAAACAGCAGCUGCUUGGGGUGAAGAGGAAAGUAACGUCAGGGCAACAGAUCUAUGUCAAUGAGGCACUUGCCAAAUGUACUUUGCCCAUGUUUGUCAACCUCAUCUACAGAGAAGUAGUUCAUUGGAGGUCUCACAAGGAUGUCGAUGAUAAAUCUCUGUGCUCAACAGUACACGAAAGCAUUGAGCAACUCUUCUACUCUGUGGAGAACAAGCUAGGCCAACGAUUUGUCUUCAGGGCAUUAGGAUAUGUCACCAUGGCAAAGGCAGGGCUAACGGAGGUUGAGUUAGAAGAUAUCCUAUCUCUUGAUAACAUUGUUCUUGGAGACGUCAUAGUACCAAGUUACCUUAAAAAUCCACUAAGGAUCUCCUACGAUCUAGUUGCUAAACUCAAAGAAGAGCUGGAAGGCUAUCUGGUUGAGCGGCAGGUAAGAAAUGUCACACUGAUGGUUUGGGCCAACAGGCACCUCCAUCUCAUUGCCCAGAAGCUCUACCUCAGCAAUGAGGAGGAUGUUCAUCAAAUGCACAGCCUCUUGGCUGAGUACUUCCUUGGAGCAUGGUCAGGAGGCAGGAAGAAGAUCUUUACCUAUGACAAUAACCAUUUCACUUCCCUGAAUAUUUCACAUCACAAAAACCCUCAUCAUCAGCAGUCACAUGAAAAAACAUCCUCUGAUAAAUACUCAUACGACAGACAGACUCCUGAACAGCCUUGGGUGUUCCAGUGCAACCUGCUGGAGCCUGACAUCUUCUUUGUCAAUCACAGAAAGAUGACAGAACUGGUGUACCACCUGACCAGGAGUGGCCGGACAGACGAUCUCAUGUUUGGUGUCAUUAUGAACUUCAGCUGGCUUUACACAAUGAUCAAGAUUGGUCAAUUUGAUAAAGCUAUUACAGAUAUUGAUCUUGCUUACACUUGCAGCCAAGAAAAGGAGCUAAAAUUUCUGGCCACGACUCUCCGUGGCAUUAAGGUGAAAGUGCUAAAGAAUCCUGCAUCACUGUCUGCAGAACUGCAGCAAAGGCUUCUACCAGUUGUCACCUCCCUGCCUAAACUCAGACACCUUCUUCUGGAGUGUGACAAAGAUGGUCCCAAGUACUGCUCCAUUGUGCCUCUCCACUCCUCCAUGGAUGUAACUUACAGUCCAGAGAGACUUCCUCUUUGCUCCAGUUACAUACAGAUUGUGGAGAUUUUACCCACUCUAGCCCCAAACAUAGUCCUUGUGGCACUGGAAGAUGGAUCUAUCAGCACCUGGGAUGUAGAAAGCAGGCAACUCCUUCGACAGAUUGACACAGCCAGAUCUGUUGUGCUGGGAAUCAGGCUAACCACAGAUGAGAAGUACCUGGUGGUUGCCACAACCAAAAAUACUCUGCUCAUCUAUGAUAAUCACAAAUCCUGCCUCUUAUCAGAGGUUGAAAUUAAAGGGUCAAAGCACAGUGGUGUUGCUGGAGGAGUUGCUUUCAUAAACGGUUUUACUCUUUCUACCCACCAUGCACUUGCGUGGCUUGAGGCUAGUAAGGAUGUCAGUGUUAUUGACCUUGUGUACGGAUGGCCCCUCUAUCAGUUCCAUUGCUGGUAUGAAGUAACCUGUGUCCAAUGCUCACCAGAUGGCAUGUAUGCCUUUUGUGGCCAGUACCUGAACACAACAUCGGUCUUUCAUCUAGGAAAUGGAGAAAAGUUGUCCACUGUGACGUCAGAGUUCUCUGGGGGGUUUGUCAAGUCUAUCCUAGUACUGGACACUCUUAACCAAAUGGUAAUGAUUGACAAUGAGGGAAGUCUGUCAGUGUGGAACACCAAAGAGAUAACCAACCCAAAGCUGAUGGAGGAUUAUGAUUGCAGGGGGGAUGAAAGUGAAGUUGUGGGUAUUGAAUUAUCUGAAGAUCAGCGUUCUAUUCUCAUUUGCAAGGCCAGUAGUAUUGAGGUUCUGGAUACAAAAGUAUGGAAAAUGCUGGAGAAAUUCAAAGCUAAGCGUAGUGAGCGAUUUGUUGCUGCUGUUCUCUCCAAAAAUGGACAAAGCAUUGUUGCCUCAAUGGAGAAUACUUCGUCUAUUUUUGUCUGGAGGAGAGACAGCGGGCAGUGCAUGGCCAGCCUGAUUGAGAUCUCAGGAGCUAUUGUAAAACUCAUAAAAUCAGCCCACCACAACCUGCUUCUUUCUGUAGCCAGCAGUGGCGUUUUGUCUGUCUGGGACAUUGAUAUAAUCACAGCCAUGUCCAACAUCGAUAAAACAGGCAAGAAGAUCCAGACGUUACAGCUGACUGGGCGAGAAGACUACGUAUUUACAAUGGACGGCUCAGAGGCAGUCCACAAGUGGAACUUUAGCACUGGGUUUAUUGAGACGGUCUUCAAACACGAGGGCAUGGUGGAGAACUGUGUCCUAACCUCCUCAGGGGAUCUCAUGGUGACUUCAGACGACAAGUCCAGUCAGUACAUCUGGCAAACCAACACCGGAGAAAACAUCUUCCGCAUAAACGGACAGAGAAUCUCACAGCUCUUGAUCACCCACAAUGACCAGUUUGUGGUUUCUCUCUGUGAGCAGAAUGCCUCAAGAGUCUGGAGACUGGCUACUGGGCACAAAGUCUGCAACAUUUUAGUCAGCCUCCAGAAUGCACUUAUCACUACAGCAAACACUUUCCUGGUGGGCACUUCCAAGAAUAAACUGCUUGCUGUGAGUCUGUGGUCAGGCAGUGUAUCAAAGAAAUUUGUCUGUGAUGACGGCAUUACCAUUGUCAACUUCAAGCUCAUUCCAGACUGUCCAGAUUGUGUGGUCUUUAUUACGUCCACAGAAACAGUCUUCAUCUGGAGUGUGGCAGAUGAGUCAGUUUGCAGGAGAGUCCAGUUGCCGGCCAACUUUCUUAAAAAUCUUGAAGAUUUUCAAGUCUCACCCAAUGGAAAGUUGGGAAUAGUCUCCAAAGGUGAUGAGAACAUUAAUGUCCUGGAUCUUCACAGUGGAAAGCUAAGGCUUGUCCAUGCAGCCGGUAUUAUCUGGCGUCAGAAAUUAUCAAGAGAUGGCCGUUACCUUGUGUAUGUUUGUUUCCGCAACUGUGAUGAGGAUGACGAGGCCGGGGUGGUGUCUAAUUUGAUCGUAAUGCGUCUUGCCGACGGCAAGAGCAUCGGCACAUGCUCACUUUACAAAACUCCCACCUUCCUGUCCCUGUCCCAACGUGCACUGAACAUCAUCAUCGGCUUCGAGGACGGUAGCAUUGGCACAUACACGGUUGUGGACCGCGUGGACGCCGCCCUUAAGAUAAAGAUAGCCACCUCCAACAGCCGACAGAUUGUCAACAAUGCGUCGCAGAAGGUGCGCCCCAAAUGUGGCAACCAUUCAUUCAAGACUGUUGCCGACUGUAUCUGGAGGGAAUCGACGGAAGUUUUCUCAAGAGACAGCCCCAUCAACGUGUCGGACUCAGGAGAAGGGGAGUCGACCACACCUACAAAGAAGACUGAACUGCUGCAGUGAAAACUUGGGGGGAAGUUAAGACAAGAGACAGGGGGAUAGAGCUAGGAAUCUCUGGGUUUGCAGUUGAUUCUUGUUUACAGCCACGUGAUUCAGCUGCAGAUGUCAGCCCUGUGGGUAGUUAUUGGGUUGACAACUUUAACGCUGCACUCAAAUGAUGUAUUACUUACUUCCAACAUAUGAUACACUUUCUGUUAGUUUCAAACAUGAAGACUGUUAGAAAAUGUUCUGUUCUACAAUACAAAAAAGUAUAUCCUGUAUUAGUUUGCCAUUAUGUGUCCUUUUGCAUUUGAAGAACAAAAUUCGUAUCAAAAUGUCUCGUUUAACCAUUUUCCGAUCCAGUGAUCUUUUGUAUCCACUGUUUGUCAGCCACCUUUUUUAUUUUAUUUUCUUCAUAAACAUUAAGCCAUAAUGUUGUUCCUAAAAGAGCAUAUACAUGUUUGUAUUAAUAUCAGGUGGUACUGUACAAAAAGGAUGAACAAAUGUACAGAACAUAUCUCAUUUUGGCUGCUGCAAUUUGUGCAACUCCUUAAAAAUGUUACGUUGUGCUUAAUGCAAUCAAAGUGAGUGCCUGGAAAUAAAAAAAAAUGCUCAUCACGUGCAGAUCACAAAAUUAAUGAAAGUGCAGGGACUUUGUAAACAUAGUACACACACUGUUGUAUAUUAAUUGUAUCUGAUGCCGAUUCUACUGAAACCCAGUCAACAUCAGGAGAGAACCGCGGCGCAACUCUGAAGAUUGAUUGCUUUAUAAUUUUUGGAACUGUUUACAUAGAUUUUAAUAUAGGUUUACCUGCUGUUCCAUCAGUUCGCGUGCAGGUCGUUUUUAUGGGGAACACCACUAUUGAGCAUACAGUGUAGCAUAGCACCACGCACAUCAACGCCUUAACCUGUGUACUUGCUUUAGGUUCUGUGGAGUCUGUUUGUCCAUUAUAAAAGGACAGAAUGAGUUUUACAUUAAAAACUUGGCCAAGUGAGCAUAUUUAGAGGUUUAGUCAAUAGGUGGAUGCACUUUAGGAGUGGUUUGUGAGACAUAUUUAGAUUUAUUCAGCAGAAAUAUUUGAAUUACAAAAAAAGAUUUAGAUUUUUCUUUUAAAACAAUUAUUGGCUGAGUUUACAGAUGUAUAUAGAUCACAAUAUUACAGAAGAAUACCUAAAGAAUGGAAGAUGGAGACAUCAAAACAAGCUUUUUGAGAUUGAAUCUCCUUUGUAAUAUAAUUUUGCAAAUGUGGGGGGGGGGGCUUUAGUCCUAGCAAAAAAAAAUGUGUUUGUGAACAUCGGAGCACAGAUUAGUACAUGUUUAAUGAAUUGCCUAGACCUAUUACUCCUAGUUCAAAAAUAAAGAAAUCUUCACAGCUUUACAAAAUGUUGCACAGGCUUCAUAGUUCUUGAAAAACAUCUAAAACUUCAUAAUAACAGGAUAUGUCAGUUUGUUCUGAAAUAGAUUCCAAUUUUUAUGUUGUGUCUAGGCAUGGGCCGGUCUCUCAUUUUAAGGAACGUCAUUUUAAAGACCUUUCCUUUUCAGUUAGGUCCAAUCUCGUAGCUCACAAUAGUUAGUUAUAUUUCUAUAUUUGAAAUUGAGAAAUAUGUAAAAUAGUAUGUUAAAAAAUAGCACAAGGCAGAGAAGAAUGCCACAGAAAGUUACCUAAUAAUAACUCUAGGAAUGCCAAACUCAAACACCAAUCUACUGGUGUUCACAGCUUUGCAUCAACAUGUUCUUCCCUAAAACUUUGAUCAGAAUAGUCUACUGUAAAUUAGCAAGUCAUACAGCAAUAGUGGAGGUCUACUUCCCUCCAAAUAUUGAGUCAGUGUUUCACCUACACUACAGUUACAUAAAUGUAUUAACAGAGGAUACUUAAAAAAGACACUUAAAAAAAAGGCCUUAUCUUAUUUGAUAAACUUUAUAUUCACAAAAACAUCUGUGAUAGGCUUAAUGGUCUGGCUGUUUACUCCCUGCUUAAGCUAUCUGCUGGACCUGUGGCAUGAGCUGUGUUGUGUUGUCCUCCCUCAGGUUUGGGUUUUUUCCCCCGUUAUUGUGAAACAAUUGAAAUAUGGGAAUCCAUGAUUUUCACUGUGUCACGUUUAAGGCUGGUUUUCAGCCAGCUCACUUCUAUGGAGCUCAUCCAUGUUUGCUACAUGGAUGAUCUUGUUAGCAAAUGUAUACGGCCAUCGUUAUUUUUCUGUGUUGCUUAUAAGGUGCCAUUUUUAUUCAUGCUUUCAGUGUUAAAAAUGAGCAGUUAAGAUAUCAUAGUUAUAUCAUAAAAAUUUUUGUUUUCCAGUGACUAUAUUAUGAUUUUGGAAAACCCUUGACUUGGGAAGUGAACAUUUCAUCAUGCAGUGUUUUCUCUUAUGUUUGACCAACUAAUGACUAAGAAAAGGAAACCUUAAAACUUCAACUCUUGCUAAAAUAUGGCUCCCACCACUCUAAUAAACUUUAGGAAUUACCUUGUACAUCAGUGAAAUAACCCACAUACCGUGAAGCCGGUAACAUUACUUUACAAAAAGCCAAAGAUAAAAUAUACCCAUUUAUCGCAACAACUACAUUUUUUGCAAAUUCAUGUAACAUUUUAGCUUCUUUGCCGUUUAUAAUUUUUUUUACAAAUACUUCAGAACUGGCUUAGCUCCUUAAUGUUUAACGCGACACAAAGAUAAAUUGAAUGCUUGAGAUUCAAUUUGAAUUUGAAACUAACAUUCAAAACUGAAAUAUACAAAUAUUAAUAAAAAAUGAAUAUAUAUAAAUUGGUUGUAAAUUACGGUAAUGACCUAAUUACUCUAAAGACACUCUUUCUUAAACUAUGUGUUCAUCAAAAUAUUUGAUUUAUUGAAAGACUAAUAUAGCAUUUUCAUACUUAAGGUGUGCUUUAAAAUUAAAGUCAGAUUAGAUCAGACAUUUUUAUGAAUUUGUUUUGAGCAUUAGUUCUAAUCCCAUGUGUUAAGUAUUUCUGCCCGAGUAAAUUGCACCGUCAGAUUCUCACACCGGCCCAUGCCGACUAUAACUGCGUCCUGCACCGUACUUAAGAGCCAGUAAAACACAAAGUGCGCGCUUUGUUAUGAAAAGAAACAUGAACAAAUGUGUCUUAUACACGCUGCUGUUUAUAUGCUCAAAGGUAUGUCAAACAAUAGCACAUGUACGGAGCAUGUAGUGUGUACAUUUGGACAUUCUGGUCGGUCGGUAGAGCCGAUACAGGCUGAAAUAAAAGAUCUGCAGACAAUCUACACAGUUUGGGGAUUUCUGAGGAGAUUACAUAUCCUGAAAUGAGAUUUUAUUUUUAGCAGUUUUGAUCUCUGGUUAAUCAAAUAUUCCUUUAUUACAAAAAAAACCCACACAAUUUCAACCACUUACAACCACACUGUAAGGGCUAUACCAUCUUAAUAUACGUUUACCAGUUUUGAAUGGCCCUUGGGAAAAUUUCAAACGGGGUAGAAGCACCGAGCUUUAACAUUUCCUGCUAACUCAAGAGUUAAAAAAAAACAAACAAAGAGAUUCAGUUAUGGACUUGCCAAAGUUUUAAUUAUUGGUUAUUUUAUUUCAUGACUGUCUCACUUAUUUUAUCAGGCUUGUACUGUAAUUAUAUUGUUACCAAACUGUUGAAGUGUUCGACUGUGGUUAUGUUAAGAGAAAAUGUGCUAUCUUUGCUAAAAAGUCUAAAAGAGUCCUCCUACAAAAAAAUAUAUCGGAAUGCCAGUUUAAGAGUAUAUUUGAAUGUGUCCAUAUGGAAGCCAGUAAAUGGUAUUAUUAUGUAUUAUGUUAUGUAACUUGAAUGACUUUUAACAACUUACAUGUUUGCAACUUAUAGUUGACAUACUGGUAAUGAAUGUUUCUAUGGUGUUCUUUUUAUUGUCAGGACUCAUGUACCUGUUUAGAGAUUUAUAUUUUCAUAAAUGUUGUACUUACAUUUUGUUACAGAGUUGUUUAACUGUAAAUAAAACAGAAAAGAAACUUAUGUCUGAAGCAAUAUGAACCUAGUGUGUAUGCAUUGUUUGUAUGAAACAUUUUACUGUAAUAAAAUGGUUCACUUUUUGCCUCCA